GAUCAUCGGCGGCAAAGGCAGUUUUUCGGGCGCCUCGCUGUUGUCGGCUGGACUCGAGCCUCGUCGAGGCAGCUUCAUCGGAAUACGCCGAUAAACUAGGCGAGAGCAGAGCCCGACAACUGGCCGACUAAGGCAGAAAGAGUAAGAGGAGCGCGGUAGGGUCGUCGCAAUGUCAUUCUCCCGUCGGCGCUUCGUACUCGGCGACUCGCUCGCGCCCUGAAUCCGGAUCUCAUCGUCGUCGUCGUCUUCAUAGCUGCUCAUCGAGAGCCCGAGGUCGCAAUAUGGGCAAGCCAGUACCAGUGGAGGAUCUGGUCAUACCGCCCCAGGAUGGCCGUAUAUGCGGGACCAUCUGCAUUUGUCAGAUGACGGCUGUCCUCUCCUCCGUGGCCCUGGUCUAUUUGACCGUGGCGAUUUAUAUGCCGAGCACCCGAGCGUUCCAGUCCGGUAUAAGCGAGGUACCGGCCAUGUGCACGACCAUACGGGCGACGAACGCCGACAACUGCGACUGGGGCAGCUGCGGCGAAUGGUGCCUCUCGAAAACCUCCGGGCCCUGCGUGCAAAUCCACGUGAACUUGCGCCGAAACGGCUCGUCGAUCCUCCUGGCCAACUGCACCAAUACCACCAACAAGACGUGUUAUGGCAUCGAUCAAGAGAACGCCAAGAAGUCCAAGUGCAUUGCCGACGAGUGCCGGAACCUCACGGGCACUUUCAAUUGCACCGCCGGUGUUUGCAUUAACAUCACGGACGCGUUCGAGUGCGUCUUCCACGACACGGAUCCACCGCUCAAGUGUUCAGGUAGGCGCGGGAAGAUCACGUGUAUCGACAUAGACGGGUUGUUCAAUUGCAAUCGUGGCACUUGUGCCAAGAUCCGCACCCCGUACAAUUGCGACCGACGUUGCGUCGACAUCCCAACCAGGAACAAAAAUGUCAUUUUGCUCAGUGGCGACAAGGUGUACCUAAGCUCGUGCGAGAGUGCUAUCGAUACGGAAAGUGAAAAGGAGAUCUGGAACGAAAGUAGGGGCGACGUGAUGAUGGCAUCGUGUUAUGGGAUCUACAACACGAGUCUCGGCGUCGAAGCCGUCGACUGCAUCAAUGGAUCCGUUCUCGAGAAGGACAUGCUCACCGACCUCACCAAUUUCACGUACCUCUCCUACCUCAAUAUAUUCGCCACGAAGCCGCUGGAUGACACGCGAAAGGUCACGCCCCCCGAGAUCGACCUCAUAAUCGCGAACGAGAGCCGCCUACUCAUUAAUCUCGAGGGUUGCGUCAACACCCUCCGCGACGAGUGCAAAUUUUUUUUGCUCGAGUACGGGAAGGACGGCUCAGACCACAACGCGCGAGCCCGAUUCCCGUGCUACUACGCGGAGGGUAAGACGAGCGUUGUCGUCUCACGAUUCAACCUCAAUUCAACGUACAAGGAGUUCCUCGUUGCCUUCCUACUGCCCAGCAUAUUGUUCGUCGUCAGCUGCUUGACGCUUAUACUCUGCCAGAGAACCGUGGUCGUCGGCGACGACGCCAAGAUGAGGUUUAAGGGUACGCCCGGAGCUGCCUUGGCCGCUCUUGCCCUCGAAAAAAGCGCUUCUGGCAACCUGGCCGAUGCCGGCGGAGGAGAUUCCGUCAUGGCGCUCUGAGAUCC